GAAAAAAGUUGGCAAAUAAAAUAGUUCAAUUUUUUAUUCAACAGUUAUUGAAUAAAUUUCUAAUUAUUUUUCUUUGCGUUAAAAUUGAAUUUAGUUUUUGAAAUGAAACACAUACUGCUAGUUACGCUAAUCGUAUUACUCUCAAGGCAUUUGGUUAUUAGUGAAUUGAUAAGUGGCAAUGAAUCGAACGUAAUAUAUAGCGUUGUGCCGAAAAACAGCACGACCUUGGUAAUACCACUUGCCAAAGAAGAACAUCUAUUACACCAUUGGUUUCCAUGGAAAAACGAACGUAGCUAUCACAUUCAUGAAGGCGAUGAGGAGGAAGAAUGUGGAGAAUCGUCAUCAAUUGAUGAAUUUCCCGACGAUUUAUUCACACAGGAGCAACGUCUUCAAGGUGCAAUUGUUUUGCAUUUUAUUGGUGUCAUAUAUUUCUUCACAAUGACUGCAUUGGUUAUUGACAACUAUUUCAUUCCAUCUGUUUUAUGUAUAUGUCAAGAUUUAAACAUUAGCCAGGAUGUGGGAGCUGCAGUUUUCAUGGCUACCGCAACAGCAACACCAGAACUAUUCACUAAUUUAAUUAGUACAUUUAUCGCUGAUUCAGAUCUCGGCUUAGGCGCAAUUGUCGGAUCAAUGAUGUUUAACAUCUUAGGUGUAGCUGCCGUUUCCAGUCUUGCAUUGAAAGAGAAAGUGAAAAUGGACUGGAUUCCGAUUCUACGUGAUUGCAUACUGUAUUCUGUAAACGUUACAUGUCUGGUUAUCAUAACAUGGGAUGGUUACAUUAAUUGGUACGAAGCACUCAUAUUAACUUUGCUGUUGAUUCCAUAUUUCAUCGUUAUGUUCCAAUCAGAACGAAUUAUUCGCUUUCUGACAAGAAUUGCUGAAAACAUGAACUGCUGCAAUCAGGACAAUUUUGAUUUAGAGAAAAAUGGUAAAAAAAAAUUAUCCACCACAACUGUCAAGAAAGAGACAAUUUCAACAAUCUCAAUUUCAACCAACAAACCAACGGACGAGACGAAGGUGGAUGACGUACCUGCAGAAUAUGAACGAAAAUUGGCUGAAGAAAGAGAAGCACAUCAAUUAUUAAAACGACAGAGAUUCGGAUUAUACCCGUGCCCAAAGGACGCCAAACUCCGAACAUUUUUCUGGUUCUAUACAUGGCCAAUCAGGCUAGUAUAUUUCUGCACACUGAUUAAUGUGAAAAUACACCGCAAAUGGUAUCCGUACACAUUCAUAAUGAGCAUUGUGUGGAUCGGUGCCAUUACAUAUAUGCUGUUUUUCAUGUUGGUUGUUAUUGCUUACACAUUUAGCAUACCGGAGUCUGUUAUGGGACUUACAUUUUUUGCAUAUGGCGCUUGUACACCGGAAACAAUUACUGGGUUUAUUAUGGCUCGCCGAGGCAUGAGUGGUGUAAGUGUUUCCAAUUGUCUUGGCUCGUCAUCGUUGGCCAUAUUGAUUGGAUUGGGCUUACCGUGGUUUUUCCGCGCAGUUAUAUCAACGUAUGGCCAUGAAAAUUCUCAUGUUCAUUUACAUUCAAAUGGAAUGGAAUUUAUUAUUCUAUCGAUGCUGCUGUUGGUUGGAAUUUUUUUAGUUGUUUUAGUCAUAUUCCGCUUUGAGCUGCGGAAAACAACUGGCUUAGUACUUAUAUUUACAUAUUUCGCAUUUCUAACUGUGGCUGUGUUAAUGGAACUAGGAUUCAUAGUCGAACUUAUUUGCAAUCCAAACAAUUUAAUAGUUUAGCAAAAUGCAGUAUACGGAAGCAAGGAGAAUCGGUGCGAGUGGAAAUAGCCGGAUCAGUUGAGGGCAUUGGUGGA